GUGGCCUUCGCGCUGCCUGAUGACGAGUCGCGGUCUUGUAUUCUUCGCAGUGGGCUCCCGCGGGUGGGACUAAAAGGCACUUCUUGUCCCCGUUUCUCACCCACGGCGCUGCCUUCCUGUGCCCGAGCGAGUUUUGUUUGCCGCCUCCGGUUUUUUUUUGGGGGGGGGUUAACUGAAGAAAUGAGGCCCCCUUCAGGCGCUUUUCAGGCAGCUUCAGCGUCCCAUCUAAAUGAGGUUGGCUGAUCUGGUUGUUUGCGAGGAAUUCCCAUUGGGAUAAAGACGACAACUCGGUGGCUCCUCUAAAAAGCCGGGGUGCUGGUUAGUUGCUCAGGCCUGCUAAGCCGCUCUUCGUUCCUGCUCCACCGCAGCUAAAUGGGACCUCCACAUGCAGAGACAGCAUUCCUCUGAAUUCAAGAGGAUGGGGACAAAGAUCAGGUGGAUGCGAUGGCCCUCAUGCCUCCCCCUGCCCCGCUUUUGGCUGCCCCACCACCACCACUGCUGGGAGUAGAGUGCUGGACUAGAUGGAGACAGGGGACUACUGAAAAUUCCCAACUGAGUACAAAGCAAAAGUGGCUGGUAUUGGCCAUUGCCAUGGCACGGUUUUACAUGGACAAAGGAACACACAAAGGCUUAUACAAAAGCAUUCAAAAGACACUUAAAUUUUUCCAGACUUUUGCUUUGCUUGAGAUAGUCCACUGUGCAGUUGGAGUAGUGCACACCUCUGUGCUUGUGACUGGGGUCCAAGUGAGUUCCAGAAUCUUCAUGGUGUGGUUUAUUACACACAGUAUAAAGCAGAUCCAGAAUGAGGACAGCGUUGUACUUUUUCUGGUCGUAUGGACUGUGACAGAGAUUACUCGAUAUUCCUUCUACACAUUCAAUAUGCUCAACCACUUGCCAUACUUCAUAAAAUGGGCCAGGUACAAUUUCUUCAUUAUUUUAUACCCUGUGGGAGUUGUUGGUGAGCUUCUAACUAUUUAUGCUGCCUUACCCUAUGCAAAGAGAUCAGGCAUGUUUUCAGUGAGACUUCCCAACAAGUAUAACGUCUCCUUUGACUAUUACUAUUUCCUUAUCAUCGUCAUGGCCUCCUACAUACCAUUGUUUCCACAGUUGUACUUUCACAUGCUGCGUCAAAGAAGAAGAGUGCUCCAUGGAGAAGUGAUUGUAGAAAAGGACGAUUAAAACAACCCUGUAAUCAUGGUGCUUUGUAACAAACCAAAACCAUAAUGUGUUGCACGAGUCCAAGUUUGAAAUCAUGGAACAAGAAUAACCAGUGCACGAAAUCACUCUAGAUCAUAUUAUUUUGUAACACGAGUAUUUUCAGACUCACAUUUCAUCUUUGCGUAAUCUUUGUGUGUGUUUCUUCUCUGUUGGCUUGUAGACAAAUGCUUUUGUUUCCCAUGUUUUUAUAUAUAUACACAGGGGGCCCUCAUUAUCCGUGGUUUUAGCAACCAUGGUUUCACAUACCUGCAGAUGGGUCAGAGACCCAGUUUCAUUAUCCAUGGUAUUAAAAAUAGGCGGUUUUCACCAUUGUUUCUGGGCCACAGGAAGUGACGUCUGGUGUUAUUUCCUGUCCAGAGGCAGCACGGAACCAUUUUGUGGUUCAUGUUUACAAAAAAAAAAAAAAGCAGCCUGUGAAAAUCAGCAAAAAAUUGCCCAAUUUGGAGGUUUGUGGGAGGAGAUCUGGAAAGUAAGGUACUGUACUGUACUACUUUUAUUUCUGCUUCCCUCCCGCAUUUUUUGUGCAUAGCAUAGUCUUUAUUUUGGACCAGUAGAACAGCAAAAUAGACAAAAACGGUUCAAACAAUCUACUCCUACAAAAUAAUAAAAAGUCUCCAUAAAAUUACUUAGUAUAAUAAGUAGAAGAAGCUAGAAGUUAAAACUAUGAACAUAAAACUAUAUAUGAAAGUUAGUCAUGUUUUUGUUUUGGGGUGUGGGUUUUUUUGGCCAAAAAAUAAACAUAUGUGCAGGUACCUAACCCCCAGGUUCCCAUCAAGUUAAGGUUUCAUUAUUCACGGUUUCCAUAUUUGUGAUUGUAGGCAAGAACGGAACCCGCAAGAAUAAUGAGGGCCAUGUGUGUAUGUGUGUGAAAAACUUGAAAUCUAUUGUGAUCGCCCAGGCUGUUUUAAGAUAAUUUUGGUCACAAAUACUGGGUUGGGGGAGUGGAAAUAUUUUGAAAGUAUCUUUUAUAAAUUUACAGUAGCUAAUGAUCUUUGCCCUAGCAGACCUGGCUAAAUUGUAGCUGGGGGUCCUUUGAGACUCAUCCUUGUAUGAAAGCACUUCUGCGCAUGCUUGUGGGUAGCUGGGUAUCUUUUUCUUCCCGCAGCAACUCCUUGUGCCUCAUGAAGUACUGCUCCAGAUGAACUUGAGUUUUGUGGGGGAGGUUUUCUUCAGGGGGCAUAUGGGGAUGCCACUGUAAUGUGGGCUGUAAAACCCCACAGUGUGCAGCAUUUUAGAUCCUGGCCUGUAACUGUCUUUAAAUGUUGGGGCUAUAGUAUUUUUUGUGUGUCAAUAUUUUGUAAUGAAAGUGCAGUUGUUGGAUCUUUAUCAGUCUUUAAAUUUUAUAAAUUCUCAUUUUAAUUUGGAUCUUUUCACAGAUUGUAUAGAAUUUCAAAGUUUUUUAAUCUCCUAGAGACUGUGUUAUUCAUUGUAAAUAUAGAAGACAGAACUGGGCUCCGUCUUAAGUGCAGUCACAAUUUUAAAAAGCUGUUGGUUACCCAUUUAAAAGAAGUUGCUAGCAAAUACCUGCAGUAUCUUCCACACACAUAUUAUUGGAUCCUAGCAUAACAUUUUAAAAGUCAAGAACUGUCCAGAUAAUUAUCAGAUAAUCUUUUUUGUUUGUGUUUUUAAAGGAGUAUAUGUAGCUUUGCAUAUGAAUAAACAAAAAGUGUACAGAAACAUUAUAGACUUCUGCAAUCCACGAUAAAUGAAAUUUUAGUUUAUUUUAUUAAGGAAGGACUGUUCAGCAGUUUAUUCUUAUUUAUUUCUAACCUGCCAGUUUGCUUUACAAAAAAUUGUAGGGCAGGAUCCAAAUAAUUGCACAAUCAGUUCUGUACACCCAAAGGGCCUUUGAACUGCCCUCCUCCCAGUAAACUGGCCUUUAUGCUACAUAGCAAGCUACUUUUGAAAUUAAGCAUCUGCUAUUCAGAGGAGAGUGGGGAGUAAAAUACAUACACAUAACACAUGCUACACUAAAUAUGUGAAACACAACUAUUUGUGUCCCAACCAUUGUGCCUUAAAAUACAACCAUAUAAAACCAUGAUCAAUAAAACACAUGCAAAAAGAAUGCAAGGAGAGAUAAAGACUUGGUUGAUCAGGGACUGGGUGUGGAGUGUCAGUGAUUUCCCACCCGGCUGCAAUAUGUCCUCCUCUCCGUUGGCUCCAGAUGGUCUGGGGACUCUCUCUAAUAGCUUUGGGACGCUUCAGAUGGGGAUGUGCAGAACUGAAGAUUCCCUCCCUGCAUGAGCAGAAGCAGAGGCAUAGCUGUAAUAUCAGAGGGACAGAUGUCUUUGAGGGAGGGGGGCCUCCAGCUUUGCUCUCCCCCUCCUGCCUCUCUGAAGGAGCAGGAGUCCAUCUUCACAUUUUGUCCCAGGGCUCACGCCUACCUUGCUAUGCCCCUGAACAGAAACACCUUUGUUUGUACAGCAGGAUCUUUAGAUACACACCAUGAUGUGGGGAUUAGAACUGGCUGCAAAAUCUUUCUUCAAAUAUAUUUGAUCUUAUGUCAAAUCCUUCCAAACUUGUGUGUUGACAGGGUUUUAGCUGAAAAAUGCAUUGAAGACACACUUUUUACUGUAAGUGUUUUUUCUGGCAAUUAUAACAACUUUAUUUUAGUGGUAUUUUUUGUACAAUAAAAUGAUCAAAGGUGCUCUAACCAUUUUUUUCCAUGUUGCAUAAAGUUGUAGUAUGUAAUAGGGUAACAUACAAAGUUGCUCAAUCAUGUUUAAAUUAAAGGGGUUUAAGUUUAGGUUUAAGAGCCAGCAUGGUGUAGUGGUUAGAGUGUUGGACUAGGACUGGGAAGACCCGAGUUCAAGUCCCCAUUCAACCAUAAAGCUCACUGGGUGACUCUGGGUCAGUCACUUAUCUCUCAGCCUAACCUACCUCACAGGGCUGUUGUGAGGAUAAACAUAACCAUGUAUAUCGCUCUGGGCUCCUUGGAGGAAGAGUGGGAUAUAAAUGUUUUUUUAAAAAGUUGCAUCAAUAUAUAUAUUGCAAUAUAUAUUGUUUAAUCCUGACUAUUUAAAAAAAAUUUAAAUGUUUCUUACAACAUAUCCAGGCAGCUCUUUGAUACAUGUGUCUAAAUUAGUGCAGAGAAGAAUGAUAUGGAAAGAUCACUAUUUAUUCAAUAGUUAAUAUAGUUACCUCUUUUCCAAGCAUUUUAACUUAUUAAUGCAUAUCAUGUGGCUCAUCCUGUAAUUCUGCUGAUCUAAUUUGAAACUGCUGUAGCUGUUCUUUGAAUACAAUUAUGUGGCUCUCAUGUAUGCUGUCAUUUAACUUGAGGAUGUUGUAGGCAUUUUUUUUUACCAUUUUGUACAAUAAUCCAAUAUUAAACAAUACCACUUCUUGCAA